AUGGUUCUCUUAUUGUGUUGUUUGGUAGGUAUGAUUGUUACAUCUGCUUUGAUUAUAUGGAAAGCGUUGAUGUGUGUAACGGGAAGCGAAUCUCCGGUGGUUGUUGUUCUCUCUGGAAGCAUGGAACCUGGAUUUAAGAGGGGGGAUAUAUUGUUCUUGCACAUGAGUAAAGACCCGAUUCGAGCAGGUGAAAUUGUUGUUUUCAAUGUUGAUGGCCGUGAUAUUCCGAUUGUCCAUCGUGUCAUUAAGGUUCACGAAAGAGAAAACACAGGUGAAGUCGAUGUUCUUACAAAAGGUGACAAUAACUACGGAGAUGAUAGACUUCUCUAUGCUGAAGGACAGCUUUGGCUUCAUCGACAUCAUAUAAUGGGCCGUGCUGUUGGGUUCUUGCCUUAUGUUGGAUGGGUGACUAUAAUCAUGACAGAAAAACCUAUCAUCAAGUACAUUCUCAUAGGUGCAUUGGGUUUACUUGUUAUAACAUCCAAGGAUUGA